AAAGUGUUAUCAAAAUCUGAAAGUGAUUAGUUUUAAAUAUGUUUAGCGCUGUUUGACUAUAAAAGGGAACGAACUGCCAACCAAAUAACAAAACUAGCUACGAUCACAAAAUGAAAGUAUUCCUUGUUCUAGCAGCACUGUUGGCCGCUGUCAGUGCCCUGCCCAUUCAGGAGCGCAUUCAUGGCGAGAAUGGCUGGUAUGUACCGAAAAUAGACGGCACCAGUGAGUGGAUGGAUCUGGACGAGGCCGAGGAGCUCUUGGCCAAUGGUGAAAUGAUGGAGGGCCGCAUUAGCACAAACGCCGUCUCCUUCUACCUGUACACCAAAUCAAAUCCCACCGACGGCAAGGAAAUCAGUGCCUCGGAAUCCUCUAUUCGUGAUUCGCACUUCAACAAGGAUCAUCCCACGCGUUUUGUCAUUCAUGGCUGGACUCAGAGCCACUCAGACUCGAUGAAUACCGAAAUAACCAGGGCUUGGCUGUCCCGUGGUGAUUACAACAUCAUUAUUGUGGAUUGGGCGCGUGCUCGCUCCGUUGACUAUGCAUCCUCGGUGAUUGCUGUGCCCGGCGCUGGCGGCAAGGUUGGUGAAAUGAUCAAGUACCUGCACGAUAGUCACGGCAUGUCCCUGGACAGCCUGAUGGUCAUUGGUCAUAGCCUGGGCGCCCAUGUUGCUGGCUAUUCUGGCAAGACCGUUGGUGAUGGUCGUGUUCAUACCAUUAUUGGUCUGGACCCUGCCCUGCCCCUAUUCAGCUAUGACAAGCCCGACAAGCGUCUAUCCUCCGACGAUGCCCAUUAUGUGGAGUCCAUUCAGACUAAUGGCGGCAAGCUGGGUUUCCUCAAGCCCAUUGGCAAGGGUGCCUUUUAUCCCAACGGCGGCAAGAAGCAGCCCGGCUGCGGUGUCGACGCCACCGGCUCUUGCUCCCAUGGCCGCUCUGUGACCUACUAUGCUGAGGCCGUCACCGAGGACAACUUCGGCUCAGUCAAGUGCUCCGACUACGAGGAUGCAGUGGCCAAGGAGUGCGGCAGCACCUACAGCAGCGUUCGCAUGGGUGCCGACUACAAUUCCUACAUGGUCAGCGGUAGCUUCUACGUGCCCGUGAACAGCAAUGCGCCUUUUGGCAAAAUUGAAUAGGUCUUGCUAUCUGUAUAUCUGAAUAAAGUGUCAACAUAAUAAUUGAA